AUGAUUUCUAUGGGGUUCGAUGAUUCCCCGGAUUUUGAGCCAAGGCCAUCUUUUCGUCAUAAAAGAGCAUUUUCCGGUCCAAGUGUACUGACCCCUUCGUCGACUAUCGUAAACGAUAAUUCUGACCUGCCACCAUUGCAAGCUGAGGUUUCCCCACAUGAUAUGGCUGAGCGUGUAGAACCCAUGGAAUCGCAAUUAAACCUCCAUUAUCCAAUGGCAACAGCCAGCAGGAUUCCUGUUCCGUAUGAGAAGCCGUAUACCGCCCAAAGAUUUGCCUUUACAACUAAUUCCCCCAGCUCGCUGUAUAACCCUGCGGAUAUCUACGCUACUGGAUUGGAAAGUCCUUCAAAUUUUGGUCACGUUCAAGAGCUUCACAACGGUCCUAUAAUGCCCAAUUGGAACUCCUAUUCACAAUGGCCGGUCCACACGAACCGCGAGGCUGUAUAUUCUAUGCCCUCGGAAAACGGCCGCGCAUCUUUUCAACAUGGCUCUCCAGGUAUUGGUGAUUUUAGUAACUCAGAAACGAUUCAGCAUCCUGCGAUACCGAAAAGCUCAAUGAAUAACUACUAUCCACAUAUAUCCUCAGUAUUUCCUUACUCUGGGGGACACGAGUGGGAAACGGGUGACGCAGACCACUCAGGGAGCGGUUACUGCGAACCCAUAGGUGAGGAUUCCAAAACUACUGGAAAAUCCGCUACAAGUUACGGGCGAGAUAAUGAUUUCGUGAAUGAAGAAGCAAAUGAUAGCGAUGGGGACCGACAGAAUUCAAUUCCUUUCCAGAAGCGAUAUUUCGCCUCUAGUGAAUCAUCUUCUAGCGGUCUACCCCCGCAUACGCCUCAGGGCUUUUAUGCUAAUGGCGGCGUGCCGAACAACCGAAGGGUCUCUGACUCGAGAUUGUCAGCCCAGGGAUUAGCAGAAGUUUUGAAUCUCAACUCCGCAGAGGAAGCUUUGCGCCGCGAGCGAUUCAUUUUGAACAUUUUUGAGCGCGAACUUCACUACCCGCUUGGGUAUAAGACGUGGGUACGUGAUACUUCUAAGGAAUAUCGUACGCAAUUGCUGGAUCAAUUGCAUCGGCGCGUUAUCCAAACGUAUCCGGAGUAUGAUAAACCGGUGCUUGAAACCAUAAUAAGAAGGGCCACUUAUUAUAUGAUGCAAAGUCGGUUGAGAAGAGAAAGAAGGGCCAGGGCCAAACAGAAAAGGAACCAGGGUGGGGGGAAAAAUGGGUUAAAAGACACAGGUGUAACGGACAAUUUUGAUUUAGGUUUCGAACAUCCAACAGGGUUUGCAGGAUCCGCUUUCGUGAUGUGA